UAUAACUACAACCUUGUUAACCUCAAAAUUGAUAGCAGCAGUUAAGAGAAGUUACCAUUUAUGCAGUCGCGCAAAAAAGAUGCUGAAUACUCAAAACAAAAGAUUAACUUUUUGUGUCAUGAUAAUUGCACUGUUUCACGAAGGGCGUCUAAUUUCGAACAAAACAUAUCACAUUCCAAGCAUUAAAACCAAUUGGCACAAAGCAAAUGAAUUUUGUAACUCGAUCGGGAUGCGAUUGGUGACGAUUCAAUCACAGGCAAAAAACGAUGCAAUAGCAGCAUUCGUCAAAACCACAGACAAGUUUAAUGAUGUAAAUUCCGAAUUUUGGAUCGGAGGAAGCGAUCUUGCCGAAGAAGGUACCUUCACGUGGAUGAACACGGGACAGUUAGUGAAGUACGUAAACUGGUCUCCUAAUGAGCCUAACAAUGCCUUCGAGUCCGAAGAUUGCAUGGAGCUCGUGUACAUUCCAAGAUUCGAGCAGGUUUGGAGUUGGAAUGAUAACAAUUGUGAAACCAAGAAAUCUUACUUCAUUUGUGAAGGCAGUGGUUUGGAGUGUAUAACGCAUUUUUGAAUGUUUUUAGCGAUUGUCGGUAAGGUAAUCUCUGACGAUGAUGACGUAUGGUCGUAUGGGUUUUGGUGUUCUUUUAAAUAAAAAUCCGGCACACAAA